GAAGGGAACCGGAAGUGAGCGCGAGUAGACUAGCUAAAAAACCUGCUGUGUAAUCUUGCCUCCGCUGUUACUGAAGAGACGCGUUAAAGUUAAGAAGAGAAAUAAAUAAAAAUGCCGGAUUAUUUAGGCACCGAGCAGCGUAAAGUCAAAGAGGAGGAAAAAGAUGACACGCCGAUUCGAGCUUUGGAUGAAGGAGACAUCGCUCUGCUAAAGACUUAUGGUCAGAGCACAUAUUCACGUCAGAUCAAGCAAGUGGAGGAUGACAUCCAGCAGCUCCUCAAGAAGAUCAACGAGCUCACAGGUAUUAAGGAGUCAGACACGGGCUUGGCUCCUCCCGCGCUCUGGGAUCUGGCUGCUGAUAAACAGACGCUGCAGAGUGAACAGCCGCUGCAGGUUGCCAGGUGCACCAAGAUCAUCAACGCUGACUCCGAGGAUCCGAAGUACAUCAUCAAUGUGAAGCAGUUCGCCAAGUUCGUGGUGGAUCUGAGCGAUCAGGUCGCCCCGACCGACAUCGAGGAGGGCAUGAGAGUGGGCGUCGACAGAAACAAGUACCAGAUCCACAUUCCACUGCCGCCUAAAAUCGACCCCACUGUCACUAUGAUGCAGGUGGAGGAGAAGCCAGACGUGACCUACAGCGAUGUGGGAGGCUGUAAGGAGCAGAUCGAGAAGCUCAGGGAAGUGGUGGAGACGCCUCUGCUGCAUCCGGAGCGCUUCGUGAACCUGGGCAUCGAGCCUCCUAAAGGUGUGCUGCUGUUCGGACCUCCAGGAACGGGGAAAACCCUGUGUGCCCGCGCCGUGGCCAAUCGCACCGACGCCUGCUUCAUCAGAGUCAUCGGCUCCGAGCUGGUCCAGAAAUAUGUGGGAGAGGGAGCUCGGAUGGUUCGGGAACUCUUCGAGAUGGCCAGGACCAAGAAGGCUUGCCUCAUCUUCUUCGAUGAAAUCGAUGCUAUCGGAGGAGCGCGUUUUGAUGACGGAGCCGGAGGAGAUAACGAGGUGCAGAGAACCAUGCUGGAGCUCAUCAACCAGCUGGAUGGCUUCGACCCCAGAGGAAACAUCAAGGUCCUGAUGGCCACCAACCGACCAGACACCCUGGACCCGGCCCUCAUGAGACCCGGCCGCCUGGACCGAAAGAUUGAAUUCAGCCUGCCUGACCUGGAGGGUCGCACUCACAUCUUCAAGAUUCACGCUCGCUCCAUGAGCGUAGAGAGAGAGAUUCGCUUCGAGCUGCUGGCUCGCCUCUGUCCCAACAGCACAGGAGCGGAGAUCAGGAGCGUGUGUACGGAGGCGGGCAUGUUCGCCAUCAGAGCUCGCAGGAAAAUCGCCACCGAGAAAGAUUUCCUGGAAGCCGUCAACAAAGUCAUCAAAUCCUACGCCAAGUUCAGCGCCACUCCGAGAUACAUGACCUACAACUAAUCCCCGCUUUUCCUUCUGUCCUGAUUUACAGGAGAAACGGUCCUGCUUGUACGUUUGUGUUCUUUUGUGUUUAUAAUUAAAUAAAAUUUACCGUCUGUCA